AUUCCACGCCCCCAAUAUGGCGCCCCCCAUAAAGCCAGUAGCCGAGUUUUCUAUCUCAGGUAGCCACGGCAGUGUUUUACUGCGGCUGCGGUUCGUCUAGCCCCGGCUGCAAGAGCAACAGACUUGGUUUUUAGUGACGGUUCCGCAAAGGCACUCUCCUGUGAGGGUCUGCAGUCUCCGCAUCGUUGUUUAACUCGUAAAAGUUCCUCCUCAGCCCUUGUGUUUUCCCGCGCCACCUCCGGACGCCCUGCCGGGCUCUGACACCUCUCAGACUCAGACAUGAGCCUUCGGCCGGUGCUGUUGCGCUUGCCCCGGUAUUUCGGGGUGUCGGGUCCCCCGCGUCGCCGGUGGUGGUGGUCUAGGUCCCUCGACCUCACGUCCCGCCGAGGUCAGUCGUCCAGGUCCCCGGUCCACUGGAACCAGGUGGUGUCGGAGGCGGAGAAGAUCGUGGGCUAUCCCACGUCCUUCAUGAGCCUCCGCUGCCUGCUGAGUGACGAGCUGAGCAACGUCGCCAUGCAGGUGCGAAAGCUGGUGGGAACUCAGCACCCUCUGCUUAAGACCGUCAGGGGCUUUGUGCAUGACACUAGGCAUAAUCUCCAGCUAAGAGGCUUGGUGGUGCUGCUCAUUUCUAAAGCAGCUGGGCCCAGCAGAAUGAACGCUUCAUGUCAGGACUAUGACGUGGUCAGUGGCAUCUAUUCAUGUCAGAGAAGUCUGGCGGAGAUCACAGAACUUAUCCAUACUGCUCUCCUUGUGCAUCGUGGAAUAGUGGAUUUAAGUGAAUUGCAGUCUUCUGAUGGACCACUGAAAGACAUGCAAUUCGGAAAUAAAAUAGCUAUCCUGAGUGGAGAUUUUCUUCUAGCAAAUGCCUGCAAUGGACUAGCUCUUCUCCAGAACAACAAGGUCGUGGAACUUAUAGCAAGUGCUCUUAAGGACUUGGUUCAAGGAGUAUACCAGGAAAAUUCUACUUCAGGCAAGGAAAAUCACAUCACAGAGCAUAUUGGAAUAUCGACUUGGAAGGAGCACACUUUUCUCACUGAUGGUGCCUUACUUGCCAAGAGCUGCCAAGCUGCAAUGGAGUUAGCCAAGCAUGACACCGAGGUUCAAGAUAUGGCCUUUCAGUAUGGGAAGCACAUGGCCAUAAGUCAUAAGAUAAAUUCUGACCUCCAGCCUUUUAUUAAAGAAAAGACCAGUGACUCUAUGACUUUUAACCUAAACUCAGCUCCUGUAGUCUUACAUCAGGAAUUCCUUGGAAGAGAUUUGUGGAUUAAGCAGAUUGGAGAGGCUCAAGAAAAAGGAAGAUUAAACUAUGCUAAGUUGCGAGAAACAAUCAAAGCUGGCAAAGGUGUGACUUCGGCUAUUGACCUGUGUCGUUACCAUGGAAACAAGGCCCUGGCAGCCCUGGAGAGCUUCCCUCCCUCAGAGGCCAGAUCUGCUUUAGAAAACAUUGUGUUUGCUGUGACCAGAUUUUCAUGACACUAAAUUUAAAAGACGCUAUUGUUCUUUAGCUGAAAACCCCAGAGAAUGAGGUGAUCAGGAGAGCUUUUGUGAUGAGAUAUCUAAAUGUCUUAAAGACUUUAAAAUCAUAUACAUUUUUCCCUUCCUUUGCUAAACAAAUACCAGCCUUCUUUCUGGAAGUGCUACAAACAAAAUGAGAAGAAAAAAAGGUCAAGCAUCUUUCACUUUGUCACGCCAGCAGCACACUUGAGGCUGCAGUAACAGAAAUAAUUAAUGAGAUUCGCUUCUGUGACCUCAGCAAAUGGACAGGAAAGAAGUCCUUAUUGAUUGGACCCAGCCAAGGAUGGCGCCAGGGCAGUGGCCUGUGGUUUUCCUGGAGAGGACAGAGCGAGCUGGGAGCGGCUCAGCCAGGGAGGACUGUCCUAUCUGCCUGGUGUCCGCUUUGUCCUCGCAGAGUGAGCAGAACGUGCAUUGCUUGCUGGCCUGUGCGCAUGUCUCGGGACUUGUGGCACAGUGUGAAAACCUCGGCAGCGUGAUUUUCGUAAGAUUUGGACAGGGUGGGGGGUUAAAAUUGCUAAAAAGUUGCCAAAAACUUGAAGUUGGAGAUUUAAAUGUUACCAUCCAUUAACUUGGUUAAACUAGUAAUUGUUUUCCUUCUUGACUGAAGAUCAAUAUCAAGUUUUAAGUCCAUUUCAAAGAAUUAAACUUUUUAAAUUUCAAAUGAGA